GAAGGGGGGACACAGAGGGAGGAAGAAGCGGCGACGGCGGCUCCUCGGUGCAGAGGGGGAAACUCCGCGGGCUCCGAGCAAGAAUAAUGCGGUAGCAAGGCGGGCUGCUUGCUCCCGACUCUGGCUUAAGCGGCGUCAGCCCGAGCAGCGGCAGCGGCAUCACCCCAGGCGCUGACAGCUCCGCCGGCCGGCUCCCUCGCAGACUGCCGACUGUCAAUGGAGCUGGAAAACAUCGUGGCCAACACGGUGUUGCUGAAAGCCCGGGAAGGCGGUGGAGGAAAGCGCAAAGGGAAAAGCAAGAAGUGGAAAGAAAUCUUGAAGUUUCCUCACAUCAGCCAGUGUGAAGACCUCCGAAGGACCAUAGACAGAGAUUACUGCAGUCUAUGCGACAAACAACCAAUCGGGAGACUGCUUUUUCGACAGUUCUGUGAAACCAGGCCUGGGCUGGAGUGCUACAUUCAGUUUCUGGACUUAGUGGCAGAAUAUGAAGUUACUCCAGAUGAAAAACUUGGAGAGAAGGGGAAGGAAAUAAUAACCAAGUACCUCACUCCAAAGUCCCCAGUCUUCAUCGCCCAAGUUGGCCAGGAUCUGAUCUCCCAGACAGAGGCGAAACUCCUGCAGAGGCCCUGCAAAGAACUCUUCUCUGCUUGUGCUCAGUCUGUCCAUGACUACUUAAAGGGAGACCCUUUCCAUGAGUACCUGGACAGCAUGUAUUUUGACCGUUUUCUGCAAUGGAAAUGGUUAGAAAGACAACCAGUAACCAAAAACACUUUCCGGCAGUACCGAGUGCUGGGCAAAGGGGGCUUUGGAGAGGUCUGCGCCUGCCAGGUUCGAGCUACAGGUAAAAUGUAUGCUUGUAAACGCUUAGAGAAGAAGAGGAUCAAAAAGAGGAAAGGAGAGUCUAUGGCACUCAAUGAGAAGCAGAUUCUUGAGAAGGUCAACAGCCAGUUUGUGGUCAACCUGGCCUAUGCCUAUGAGACCAAAGAUGCACUGUGCCUGGUCCUGACCAUCAUGAAUGGGGGUGACCUGAAAUUUCACAUCUACAACAUGGGGAACCCUGGCUUUGAAGAAGAGCGAGCCUUGUUUUACGCAGCUGAGAUCCUCUGUGGCCUGGAAGAUUUACACCGUGAGAACACUGUCUAUAGAGAUCUGAAACCAGAAAACAUCCUGCUGGAUGAUUAUGGCCACAUUAGGAUCUCAGACCUGGGACUGGCCGUGAAGAUCCCCGAAGGAGACCUUAUCCGUGGCCGGGUGGGGACUGUUGGCUACAUGGCCCCAGAAGUCCUGAACAACCAGCGAUAUGGCCUGAGCCCUGACUACUGGGGCCUGGGCUGUCUCAUCUAUGAGAUGAUUGAGGGCCAGUCACCGUUUCGAGGCCGCAAGGAGAAGGUUAAGCGGGAGGAGGUGGAUCGCCGGGUGCUGGAGACUGAGGAGGUGUACUCCUCCAAGUUCUCCGAAGAGGCCAAGUCCAUCUGCACCAUGCUGCUCACCAAAGACUCGAAGCAGAGGCUGGGCUGCCAGGAGGAGGGGGCUGCUGAGGUCAAGAGGCACCCCUUCUUCAGGAACAUGAACUUUAAGCGCCUGGAGGCUGGGAUGUUGGAUCCUCCCUUCGUUCCUGAUCCCCGGGCUGUGUACUGCAAGGAUGUGCUGGACAUUGAGCAGUUCUCCACUGUGAAAGGUGUCAACCUGGAUCAUACGGACGAUGACUUCUACUCUAAGUUCUCCACAGGCUCUGUGCCAAUCCCAUGGCAAAAUGAGAUGAUAGAAACGGAAUGCUUUAAGGAGCUGAAUGUGUUUGGACCCAAUGGUACCCUCUCACCAGACCUGAACAGAAAUCAGCCUCCGGAACCUCCAAAGAAAGGGUUGUUUCACAGACUCUUCAGGCGUCAGCAUCAGAACAAUUCCAAGAGUUCACCCACUCCUAAGACCAGUUGUAACCACCGCAUAAAUUCAAACCACAUCAGUUCAAACUCUACUGGAAGCAGCUAGUUUCAGCUCUGGCCUUGAAGUCCAAGGUGGAACCAUCUUAGACCCUUCUACUUGGAAGCAGAACUUGUAGGUGGUGGAGCUUCCACUGUGGCUGGGUAGCCAGGAGAGCUUCCCUGGGAACUGGAUUAGGAUACUGUUCAUCCCAACAACAAGCCUCCAAGUUUCUCAAAGAAAUCCACUCAGGUCUGUUUUCCAAGGUGGCCCCAAGCCGGGGUGGACUAGAAUUUUCCUUGUUGAACAUUGCAAUAGAAACCCAAUGGGAUAUGACAGCUUACACGGAUUUUAAUAGCAUCCUAACUAGAACUGAAUUUUGUCUUUAUUAUUUUUAAAGGAAAGUUUUGUAAAUUUCUCUAUUGUCUCCGUUUACAUUUUGUAUAUUUGUAUUUAAAUGAAAGUCAGACUUUGAGGGUGUAUAUUUUCUGUGUAGCCACUGUUAAGCCAUGUGUUUUAAGACAUUUUAGAUGGGGGGGUGUUAUAAAAAAAUGUGACUCUAGACUUCCAGAGCCUCAAAAGAGAAAAUGUUUUUAUUAAAUGUAGAAAAUGUUUCACCUUUUACCUUUAAAGACCUGAUUACAUCUCCCUAUAUCCAUCACUCUGUGUAACUAUCACUCUCCUGUUGACUUGUAACAAUGUUAAUGAAAUGCCAAAAUGCACUUGGAACAUCCUCCCCCAAACGCUCUCUGGGAGUAGGACAUCAUUGGUAAGAAUACUUCCAUGGGCAGGCAUUCAACACUGCAGGUUCUCUUGUCCUCCUGCUGCUGGGUGUCUGGCAUGCAGGACAGGGAAUCCUAAGUCACUGGGCUGCAGAUCUUGGCUGCUAAAGCCAGUGGUUUCCAAGAGGUUCCUUACUCUGUAUUAAUUUUAGUUGUGUGUACUGAUGAUAAGGAUCAGUCUUGGAAAGCCAAGUCUUCUCAACCAUGGGACUAUGGAGAAGUGUGAAUUAGGGGUCCAUCAUGAGUGACUACCUUCGUGCCUGUUUAGGCCUUGGCUGGUCAGUAAAGUGAUCACCAAAUCAUGACACUUUCAUGGGGACCCCACAGAUUUGUUGGCUCAUGGGACAUGAAGGAAGUCAUCUUUCCAGGCAAAUGGGAUGCUUGAGAAGAAACUUGCACUAAUGAAGUGUAAGACAAUCUCAUUGUCACUUCUCAAGGAGAGCUGGGCCAAAAGCUGGUUCUAAUUGGGCAUCUCAAAGUCACAGGCUAGUCUGGAACACUUGAUGGACUUAUCUUUCCAGCCCUGGGAAGUUGUUGCCCAGCCCCUGAAAUCCGAGGAGGUGACAAGAUACAGAUUCUCCCCCAACUUCUCACCAGGACAGGGUGAGCAGCUAGUCUCACUGCUCCCCUGGGAGAAUGAGGCCCUGAGUAUGAUUCUGCCUCAAAAUUUGUCUCCGCCACCAACUACUGGGGUUCCUUAGGGGUGAGCCAGGUGCUACCUGAAUCAGCUCCUGUUAAAAUGAGAUUCCUGGGCCACACCCCAGACCGAUUACUUGCUGAUCUCAUUUGUAGUACAGGCUGGUCUCAAAUUAAAGAUCCUCCUGCCUCAGCCUCCUGAGUGCUAAGAUUACAAGUGCAUACUACCAUGAAAUCUGCACUUUUUAAAAAGCUACUCAGACCCUUCUGAUGCCCCACAGUGUGAGAACCAUGCCCCAGGCCUGUGGGUAUGGCCAUUCCAAAUGUGUUUUUCUGAGGGACCUGAUAACUUUGGGACUUGAGCCUGUCAGGAGGAGAAUCCCAAGCAUGUCAAUCUUAUAUCUUUGACUGCAAGAUCUCCCAGGGCUCACUGCUAGAAAGGAGGCUGGCCUCUGGGACUAAUCAUCCUGAAGUCAGUUACCCACAAGAGAGGAAACAGUCAAGCUCUAUGGUGCAUGGUUAACCUCAAGCCUGGCUCUGUGGCUGCUUCUAAACCUUUCUUGGGCUUAUGUGAAGCAAAUGCAAACGACCAUAUCCAGGUUCUACUCAGUACUUCCAGAUCAUCAAACUAUUGCUCAUGAUUCUUCCUCAAAGGGAAAAAAAUUGUCAUCCUUCUGGGAUGGUCACCAACCCUAGCCACAGGCGACCCCUGCCUCCUUUUUACCCCUGCCUUCCUAUUUCCCCGCCCAAAGACAUUUAACCCUUGUCAAGUAGGUAACUGUUGGGAAACAGUUUCUCCUUAGUCCUCAAAAUCAAGGCCAUGUCCAUUUGCAGCAGAGAAUCCCCAGGAAGCUAAACAGAACACACACGUCUGGCUCCCAUGUGUUCCCAUCAGGAGGUCCUGAAAGACCUGUGCACUGAAAUGUGCCUGAGUGCCAAUGGAAGGUGGGAGUAGUCAUGUGUUCCAGUCUUUCAGUUUGAUUGGCCUACUCAUGGCUUCCUAACAAGAAACAGUGCCUGAAAAGUGUUCCUCCUCCCUGACUGAGUCUUCCUCAUGCCCUGGUUUCUAUAGCUGCAUUUUUAAAAAGGUUUUUGUUUUUAAAUAAAAACAAGCUCUCUUCCCUGUCCAGAAGACAGUGUAUAUGGACAAUGAAUGGAUGACACUUUGCUGUGCAUGUGAGCUCUUUGCAGAAGAACCUUUCUUGCUUCAAGUGUGGUGUGUUUAUCACCAGAUAUUCACUGACCUGGAGUGAGAAGCUUCUCUGCUUUUGCUGUUUGGGAAAUAGGCCUCUGUCUGCAGUAGGUAGGGGGGGUCUCCGCUAUAAUCAUUCUGACUUAAAAUUGUGUGUUACACCCUUUAGCAGGGGAGGUGGGGGGCUCUGAAUAUCACCCCCAGAAUAUCAAGAAUGCCUGAUCCCUACCUCCAAGGAAGAUGGUGUGAAUCCUCUAAUCAUUCUUUUUUUUUUUUUUUUUUUUUUGGUUUUACGAGACAGGGAUCUCGGUAUUGUUUUGGAGGCUGUCGGUCCAGCCUGGCCUCGAACUCACAGAGAUCCGCCUGCCUCUGCCUCCCGAGUGCUGGGAUCCUCUAAUCAUUAUUAAUCCUGAACUACAAGGCUCCAAGUUCACUCACCUGUCUGGGGACAGGCAGCAAGAGGUCUGCUGCAUAGACCCAGGCAGGUAGCCACAGUGACAUGUAUACCUGACAGGCACUGACCUAUGGUGUUUCUGAUAAGUUCAUGUGCAUGGGGACAUGUGCAUGACACUUUUUUUGAAUUAGAGGCACAAAUAAGAUCGGGAGUCUGCCUCACAGCUGAGGCCAACCCCUGAGAAAGCAAAGACUGGGAAGUUUCCAUGCUUCUCCAAGGAACUUAGCCCUAAUAUUGAAAUAUAUUAUAUUCUUCUGGACCAAGUACUUUUUGCAAGGCUGGCUCUACUUUCCAGCAAAUUAACUGAGCUACUGACCUCAACACAGUGCAGGCAAUGCAGCCCCUGGCAUUCUAAGCCUUGACAAAGGGAAUGGACAACUAAAGGUCCCAAGAGGAAAAGAAAAGGCUGAUCCCAACAAUACUGGGGUCUUCUUUUGAUAUAUUGUGUGUUUGCUUUUCUUAUUAUAUCCUUAUCUGCUCCCAUGUGUCUCCCAUUUUCAUAACCCAAUACCCUGAAAUAGGACCUUCUAACUUAGGUCUUGCUGUGGAAAGGCAGUUAUAAAGUCUCUUCCUCCAGACUACAGUUGGGAAAUCUCCACCUUUUUGUACCUGUUUGUGUAACCAGUCACCCAGCUAGUGAAACUGACAGGUAUGUUGGCCAGACCCUGCACAGGCGCACAUAAAGUACCUCCUCUGGCCCAAACUGAAAAGUCUUGACUCAGGACAAUGAUUUAACAUGUGACAAGCUAAGUCACCUUAGGAAAGAAGCAUCAUUCACCCUAAAGGAAGAUGCUGGGUGUUGGGCAUCUUUGCAGUUCAUCAACUGACCAUUCCUAUAAUAGAUCACAAAUAAAUGUUGUCCAUUAGAAAGGCAUUGUGGCUACUGGCAUCGUUAUAAUAAUAAUUCUAGUAUCCAAAGGUUCCCCCCCCAGGGAUAUUUUAGCAUUAAUGAAUGACUGUGGUUCCAUUUUGGAGGUUAUUCUCAAUGAUAACAGCUUCCGUUGUACUGCUCUGAACCUCUCAUGUUCCGUUCACUAUGUCACAGUGCCACCGUGUCUAGCCACAACCACUGUUGUUUUAUAAAGACAAAUAAAUUCCUUAAUGAAUAUAA